CUUGUGUUCAAAACUCUUUGACUCAUUUCAGCUCAGUUCACGUGUUUAUUCAAACAUUAAACAUGAAAACGUCUUAAAUAGCGACCGAAGUUAGCCCAGCAGCUACUAGCUAACAGGAGCUACUAUCAGACAGUCAGAGGGAAACGCGCCUGUUCGUAGGAAACAGUUUAACGAUGUACACAUGCUAACGUACGUCCUUUACGUUGGCAUUGACCCGUUCAUCCAGUAGAGGGCAGCGCAGAGUUUAACAACAAAUGACAACGAGGAGGUGAAGAAGUUUCUGCUUCUUCUUCGUCUCUUCAUACUUUCUUCUCCUCUCAAACUUCCACCAUCGUCUUCCUCAUUUCCCACGGGCGCAGCGUUGCCUGAUGGGAAAUGUUGAAGUAUCGUACCAGAAGCUUAACAUUAUUCUAGUUUGAGUAGAAUAACAGUAAACGAGCAGAGCGUUAUUGAUCAUGAAGAGGGGAAAGUAUCAUACAACUGGCAACACUGUGAUCGUGUCACUGGAACUUGUGGCUAUUGGUUUUGUAGCUUUAAGUUUUAUUGAGCGAAUAUACAAACAAUAUUAAUUCAGAGUACAAAUAGAAGACGGUCACUUUACAUGUGUGUAAACUGAUCCUAGCACCUGAUGAGGCGGUUGUCUAGUGGCAGAAACUUGGACUCUGGGCAGAGAAGGUCUCUGGUUCGACUCUGGUUCGACUCCACGGAGAAACAACAAAAGACAAACCUGGAUUGAUCUGUCAAAAAAAUCCAAGAGUCUCCCUACCCUGUCUAGUGCCACUGAGCAAGGCACCUUACUCCCCCAACAUCUGCCCCCCGAGCGCCAUACAUGGUCGCUCACUGCUCUGUGUGUCCUGCACCAGAUGGGUCAAAAGCAGAGGUUACAUCUCCCUACCUGCAUGAGUGUGUCUGUGUUUGGGAUGAAUAAAUGCAUCUUAAUCUUAAUCUUAAUCCUCAUCAAUUCUCUGAAGGUGCUGAAUGAAUCUGAUCAGUUUAAUGUAAGUAAAAGGAUGUGUUAGUUUCUGUUCUCAGUGUCCUGGUGUCCUCAGCGUCCUGGUGUCUUCAGCGUCCUGGUGUCUUCAGCGUCCUGGUGACCUCAGCGUCCUGGUGUCUUCAGCGUCCUGGUGUCCUCAGAAUCCUGGUGUCCUCAGCGUCCUGGUGUCUUCAGCGUCCUGGUGUCAUCAGCAGUGUCCUGGUGUCUUCAGCGUCCUGGUGUCUUCAUCGUCCUGGUGUCUUCAGCGUCCUGCUGUCCUUAGCAUCUGUGUGCCUCUGAUGACAUGAGCAGUUCUGUGAGUUUUCUUCUUCUCGGAUACUUAGAUUUUGAUGUGCUUAACAUGUUUCAUCUAUUCACUUCAAUAAGUUAUGACUGUUACAUCAUCACGACUGUGACAUCACAGUAAAACCUUGAUCACGACUCUGGCAUCAUUAUCAUGCCUCUGAUUGGUUGACAGGCUCUAUUUAGGAGGUUUUAAUGAACUAGGAUCAUUUAUUAUAUAUUUGAUUUUUAACAUAUUGAAUACAUAUUCAAUAUGUUCUUCCGGGCCACUAAGGCCCACGGACUCGAACACAGAGGUACCGUGGUACCAUUGAGAGUGGGGGGGGAGCCGCCCGCCUCGCUGUGCUCCAGAGGAACAGCCUCCUCUACCCCGACAGCAGGGAGACAGGAGAUCCACUUCUGACCCACAUGUAGACCCGUCCUCAUGUUUGACCCAGAAGGCAACCUCCAGAUGUUCGGUCUGAGAGUCCAGUCUCCGCAGAGAUUGAUUGAAUCUUUACAUCCCAGACUCACUGACCAGAAACCUCUCGGGGGGGGCAUGAUCACUAGAAGUUUUCACAGAAGAAUUUUAGGCAGAGCGAGGUUUGAAGAAGCUGCCUCCCAAUCGUCCACUCUCUCUUUAUUCUCUUCUUCCAAAAAUGAUUCAUUGAUGGAAAAACCUUUUUCUGAAUAUCUGUAGUAUUAUCUAGGGUUAGGGUUAGCAGCAGGGCUCCAUCUAAUUGGCCAAAUAUAUUUACAUGGCACAUGGAACAUGUAUCGCAGUUCAAGUCUUUUGCGAUAUGUAUGUUGCCCAUGUUGAUAUCGCAAUGAUACUAAAGACACAUAAUUGGGGCGACUGGGAUUGAACCACUGUUCUUGUGUUUUGACCCGAUCGAUCCCCUGAGCCACAGCUAAUUGGACGGACGACUUAUACCCUUGAAAUCACUUGACUCUGUUUUGUUUCAAAUGAGGAGUCAGAUAUGAUGACCAAUCAGCAGUAACUGUUCCAGAGGAUUAAACCCCCCCCCCCCCUCUAGUGCGAUGACGUCUCUUUUUCAGGCUCACAGGAAGAGGAGGAGCACAGGAAGUUCUGUUCGUUCCCAACCCAGCACCAAGAACAGCAGAGCGACUAACGCUAACAGAGUGGCUAGCAGGAUGGCUGAUGUUAGCAGCACACCUGAUGGUGACACUCCCCCUUCCACAGAGACCAUUGAUGUGAUGGACAACGCUGAGGACAGUGUGGAGGAGGUGGUGGAUCUGACCUGUGAAGCAUCGGAAGCUGCUGUGGUCGACCUCACCAACAACGACUCAGUGCUGCUGGUGGACGAAGGUCCUCAGAACAGGAGAGUCCCCACAGGUGAGAGUUACAUCGUCAGCAGUGAUGAAGACGAGGACACGCUCCCUGUCCUCAACCCUGCCACCAUGUCCUCUGUGCACACCUCCAGGUCGACUCCGGGGACGAUCAGUUGUCCUGUUUGUCUGGACUCGUACUCUGAGAUUGUAGACAGCGGCCGAUUGGUUGUGUCCACUAAAUGUGGUCACGUGUUCUGCAGUCAGUGUUUGAGAGACGCUCUGAAAUCAUCACACACGUGUCCUACCUGCAGGAAGAGACUCACCCACCGCCAGUACCACCCCCUCUACGUCUGACAUCACCAGUGACCUCACCAGAUGACCUUUGCUGCUGAAACUUUUUUAUUUCAAGUUUUUUUUUAUCAGAAACAUGAAGCCUUCAGUCAGAUCGUAUUGAUAAUUGAUUGAUAAUUUAUAUUUUCAGUUUUCAUCUGAUCGUUUAAGUUUAUUUGUUAAAGUAAAAAUAAAUACUAUUGAUUCUG